AUGAAACUUGCAAGAAUGGAAGGCGUGAGCUUCAAGACCCUUUUUAGUGAGUAUGCGUCGGAGUAUGUGCCUUGUGGAUUUCAGGACACAGAGGUGCAAACUGAGAUCUUUAUGUGUGAGGCGUGUCUUUCAUGGUUAUCCACUGCACAAGAGCUGCGAGAACAUAUAGAGCUGUGUCCAAAUCGAUUUUGGAUUCCAGGAGACGAGGUUUAUCGUUGUCGUAGGCGACGGUGUGUUGUUUUUGAAAUCGAUGGAAGAAAAGUGGCCUCUAUUCCCUAUAGCAGGCGCAUUGCCAGAAUUGCCAAACAUUUUCUUGAGGAAAAGACUACCUUGGACGAUCUACAUUUCUUUGCUUUUAUUGCACUGUUUGAGGUUGAUGAUUAUGGUUAUCAUUUUGUUGGAUAUUUUAGUAAGGAAUGGAGAAAGAGUAUGAAUUGUAAAAAUUCACUUUCGUGUGUGAUGGUGCUGCCGCCGUACCGCCAUAAAGGGUACGGGACGCUUUUAAUUGAGAUAUCCUACGAAAUGGGAAGGGCAGAGGGAAUUCCAGGCUCUCCCGAGAGACCACUGAGUGCAUCAGGGAAGAGGGUAUUUAAUCGAAUCUGGCAAGAGGAACUGCUUCAAGCCGUAGCUUCGCUUAAUGAGAAAGGGUUACCGCUUACCCUGAAUUCGCUUUCUUGGGAAAGUGGAAUGACAAUAGAAGAUGUUGCUGUGGCGCUUCAUCAGCUUAACGCAGUUUUCUUUGUAACAAAAAAUCGUCCUCUACUACACCUUCCUUCAGGUGUCAUAGCUUUGGCAAAAAGAGGUAGAAAGUUGAACAUUAAAUCGUUUAUGUGGACAUCGUUGCAUUAG